AUGUGGACGUGGACGUGUGGACGUGGACGUGGACGUGUGGACGUGGACGUGGACGUGGACCUGGACGUGGACGUGGACGUGGACCUGGACGUGGACAUGGACGUGGACGUGGACGUGGACGUGGACAUGGUCGUGGACGUGGUCGUGGACGUGGACGUGGUCGUGGACGUGGACCUGGUCGUGGACGUGGACAUGGUCGUGGACGUGGACGUGGACCUGGUCGUGGACGUGGACGUGGACGUGGACGUGGACGUGGACAUGGACGUGGAGGACGUGGACAUAGACGUGGACGUUGACGUGGACGUGGACGUGGAGAUGGACGUGGACGUGGACGUGGACGUGGACGUAAACUUGGACGUGGACGUGGACGUGGACGUGGACAUGGACGUGGACGUGGACGUGGACAUGGUCGUGGACGUGGACGUGGACAUGGACGUGGACGUGGACGUGGACAUGGACGUGGACGUGGACGUGGACGUGGACAUGGACGUGGACGUGGACGUGGACGUGGACGUGGACGUGGACGUGGACGUGGACGUGGACAUGGACAUGGACGUGGACGUGGACAUGGACGUGGACGUGGACGUGGACGUGGACGUGGAGGACUUGGACGUGGACAUGGACGUGGACGUGGACAUGGACGUGGACAUGGACAUGGACGUGGACGUGGACAUGGACGUGGACGUGGACGUGGACGUGGACGUUGACGUGGACAUGGACGUGGACUUGGACGUGGACAUGGACGUGGACUUGGACGUGGACGUGGACGUGGACUUGGACGUGGACAUGGACGUGGACGUGGACGUGGACGUGGACAUGGACGUGGACGUGGACGUGGACGUGGACAUGGACGACUUGGACGUGGAAAUGGACGUGGACGUGGACGUGGACGUGGACGUGGACAUGGACCUGGACGUGGACGUGGACCUGGACGUGGACGUGGACGUGGACCUGGACGUGGACCUGGACGUGGACGUGGACGUGGACGUGGACGUGGACGUGGACGUGAACACGGACGUGGACGUGGACACUGACGUGGACGUGGACCUGGACACGGACGUGGACGUGGACGUGGACGUGGACAUGGACGUGGACGUGGACGUGGAGGACAUGGACGUGGACAUGGACGUGGACGUAGACGUGGACAUGGAUGUGGACGUGGACAUGGACAUGGACGCGGACAUCGACGUGGACGUGGACAUGGACGCGGACAUGGACGUGGACGUGGACAUGGACGUGGACGUGGACGUAGACAUGGACGUGAACGUCGACGUGGACGUGGACAUGGACAUGGACGUGGACGUGGACGUUGACGUGGACGUGGACGUGGACGUUGAUGUGGACAUGGACGUGGACGUGGACAUGGACGUGGACGUGGACGUGGACAAGGACGUGGACGUGGACGUGGACAUGGACGUGGACAUGGACGUGGACGUGGACAUGGACGUGGACGUGGACGUGGAGGACUUGGAUGUGGACAUAGACGUGGACGUGGACGUGGACGUGGACGUGGACAUGGACAUGGACGCGGACAUGGACGUGGACGUGGACAUGGACGUGGACAUGGACGUGGACGUGGACGUGGACGUGGACGUGGACAUGGACGUGGACGUGGACGUGGACAUGGACGUGGACGUGGACAUGGACGUGGACGUGGACGUGGCCGUGGACAUGGACGUGGACGUGGACAUGGCCGUGGACGUGGACGUGGACGUGGACAUGGCCGUGGACGUGGACGUGGACAUGGCCGUGGACAUGGACGUGGACAUGGACGUGGACGUGGACAUGGACGUGGACGUGGACAUGGACGUGGACAUGGACGUGGACGUGGACGUGGACAUGGACGUGGACGUAGACGUGGACGUGGACGUGGACAUGGACGUGGACGUAGACGUGGAGGACAUGGACGUGGACAUGGACAUGGACGUGGACGUGGACAUGGACGUGGACGUGGACACGGACGUGGACGUGGACAUGGACGUGGACGUGGACGUGGUGGUGGACGUGGACAUGGACGUGGACGUGGACGUGGACGUGGACGUGGACGACGUGGACGUGGACGUGGACAUGGACGUGGACAUGGACGUGGACGUGGACAUGGACGUGGACGUGGACGUGGAGGACUUGGAUGUGGACAUAGACGUGGACGUGGACGUGGACGUGGACGUGGACAUGGACAUGGACGCGGACAUGGACGUGGACGUGGACAUGGACGUGGACAUGGACGUGGACGUGGACGUGGACAUGGACAUGGACGUGGACGUGGACGUGGACAUGGACGUGGACGUGGACGUGGACGUGGACGUGGACAUGGACGUGGACAUGGACGUGGACGUGGACGUGGCCGUGGACAUGGACGUGGACGUGGACAUGGACGUGGACGUGGACGUGGACGUGGACAUGGACGUGGACGUGGACGUCGACAUGGACGUGGACGUGGACAUGGACGUGGACGUGGACAUGGACGUGGACAUGGACGUGGACGUGGACGUGGACAUGGACGUGGACGUGGACGUGGACGUGGACAUGGACGUGGACGUAGACGUGGAGGACAUGGACGUGGACAUGGACAUGGACGUGGACGUGGACAUGGACGUGGACGUGGACAUGGACGUGGACGUGGACGUGGACAUGGACGUGGACGUGGACGUGGACAUGGACACGGACGUGGACGUGGACGUAGACGUGGACGUGGACAUGGACGUAGACGUGGACGUGGACAUGGACGUGGACGUGGAGGACAUGGACGUGGACAUGGACGUGGACGUGGACAUGGACGUGGACGUGGACAUGGAUGUGGACGUGGACGUGGACGUGGACAUGGACGCGGACAUCGACGUGGACGUGGACAUGGACGUGGACAUGGACGUGGACGUGGACAUGGACGUGGACAUGGACGUGGACGUGGACAUGGACGUGGACGUGGACGUGGACAUGGACGUGGACGUGGACGUGGAGGACUUGGAUGUGGACAUGGACGUGGACGUGGACGUGGACGUGGACAUGGACGUAAAUGUGGACAUGGACGUGGACCUGGACGUGGACAUGGACGUGGACGUGGACAUGGACGUGGACAUGGACAUGGACGUGGACGUGGACGUGGACAUGGACGUGGACGUGGACGUGGACAUGGACGUGGACGUGGACGUGGAGGACAUGGACGUGGACAUGGACGUGGACAUUGACGUGGACAUGGACGUGGACAUGGACGUGGACAUGGACGUGGACGUGGACAUGGACGUGGACAUGGACGUGGACGUGGACAUGGACACGGACGUGGACAUGGACAUGGACCUGGACAUGGACGUGGACGUGGACCUGGACAUGGACGUGGAUGUGGACGUGGAGGACGUGGACAUGGACGUGCACGUGGACGUGGACGUGGACGUGGACAUGGAUGUGGACGUGGACAUGGACGCGGACAUCGACGUGGACGUGGACAUGGACGUGGACAUGGACGUGGACGUGGACAUGGACGUGGACGUGGACGUGGACGUGGACGUGGACGUGGACGUGGACAUGGACGUGGACGUGGACGUGGACGUGGACGUGGACAUGGACGUGGACGUGGACGUGGAGGACAUGGACGUUGACAUGGACGUGGACGUGGACGUGGACGUGGACAUGGACAUGGACGUGGACGUGGACGUGGACGUGGACAUGGACGUGGACGUGGACGUGGACGUGGACGUGGACAUGGACGUUGACGUGGACGUGGACGUGGACGUGGACAUGGACGUGGACGUGGACAUGGACGUGGACGUGGACAUGGACGUGGACGUAGACGUGGAGGACACGGACGUGGACAUGGACGUGGACGUGGACGUGGACGUGGACAUGGACACGUACGUGGACGUCGACAUGGACAUGGACGUGGACGUGGACGUGGACAUGGACGUGGACGUGGACGUGGAGGACAUGGACGUGGACAUGGACAUGGACGUGGACGUGGACGUGGACGUGGACAUGGAUAUGGACGUGGACGUGGACGUGGACAUCGAUGCGGACAUCGACGUGGACGUGGACAUGGACGUGGACAUGGACGUGGACGUGGACAUGGACGUGGACGUGGACGUAGACAUGGACGUGGACGUGGACGUGGAGGACUUGGAUGUGGACAUGGACGUGGACGUGGACGUGGACGUGGACAUGGACGUGGACAUGGACGUGGACGUGGACAUGGACGUGGAUGUGGACGUGGACGUGGACAUGGACGUGGCAUGGACGUGGACAUGA